AUGAAAGUUCAAAUUUUUUGUGUUUUGAUUAUCGUUUUUGUUUCACCUUGUUUAUUUGAAAGGUGGAAUAUCAAUGCAGCUCCAACAAACAAUAAUAUAUACAAUGUGAUUAAUUAUGGUGCUCGUGGUGAUGGAGUAACAGAUGAUACAAAAGCAUUUUUAAAAGCAUGGAAGAGUGCAUGUGGAGCAAAAGGUGCAUCAACCCUGCUUAUACCACCCGAAAAAUUAUACUUGGUGAACAACUUGUUAUUGAGUGGUGAUUGCAAGGCCACAAGUAUUCUCAUUCAGUCACAUUGGAUUAGGAUGCAAUAUAUAAACAGUCUCACAAUUGAUGGCACACGAAGUGGAACAAUCGAUGGCUUUGGUUCUACUUGGUGGCCAUGCAAGAGUUGCCCAAGACCUAAGGCGUUGGCUUUCCAUGCAUGCAAUGAUCUUUCUGUUAGUAACGUGAGGAUUACUAAUAGUCCAGGAGCUCAUAUAUCUAUAAAUGGCUGCAACAAUGCAAAAUUCUCUCAAAUGGAUGUCGAAUCUCCGCGUAAUAGUCCCAACACUGACGGGUUUGACAUUUCGUCUUCCAAAAAUAUCUUAAUUGAAGAUUCCACAAUACGAGUAGGUGAUGAUUGUAUUGCCAUUAAUGGCGGUUCGUCAUUCAUCAAUGCUACUCGUUUGGCAUGUGGUCCAGGUCAUGGAAUAAGCAUUGGCAGUCUUGGUAGAGGGAACUCUUAUGAGACAGUUGAACAAGUACAUGUACAAAAUUGCAGCUUCACUAACACUACAAAUGGAGCUAGAAUCAAAACAUUUCCAAGCGGAUCGGGUUACGCAAGGAAGAUUAAUUUUGAACAAAUUAAACUUAGCAAUGUUGAGAAUCCAAUAAUUAUAGACCAACACUAUGGGGUUAAAGAUGCAAAGGAAUCGGCUGUGGAAGUGAGUGAUGUUAGAUAUUAUGGGUUUAAAGGAACUUGUGCAAGUGACUUAGCUAUUAAUUUGAAGUGUGAGAGCUGCUUCAACAUUGUGUUGGAUCAAAUUAAUAUUGUUUCUUCUCAACCUAAAAAGAAGGCUCAAUCUUAUUGCCAAAAUUUUCAUGGAAAGAUUAGCCACACUGUUCCAAAUGUCAAUUGCAAUUGA